CAAGCCGACCCUCCGAAGACCUCGAGAACUUUUUGGCUCCUUAAUUUCGAGGAAUUUGAGCGCGUGAAAUAACUUUGCAACUAGGCCGUUGAUCAACUGUCGAAACGGAAAUGAAUCCGGCAGACCAACAGAAGGUGCCAAAAAAGCGCAAGAUCGUUGAUCGCACCUUGCCAUCCUCUAUCCACUCCGACCCCACAUUUUCUGUAGACUCAAAGAUGUAUCAAGACUUGCUCGAGAUGGAGAAAAAGUUGGACUGGACAAUGAUGAGGAAAAGAGCUGAAGUUCAGGAUGCACUCAUGCGAACGCCAACUACAAAACGCACGCUUCGGAUAUUCCUCUCACAUACCGUCUCCGGUCAGACCUGGCAAAGCGCUGAUGCAGGGAGUUCGGCGACUCCCAAUCUGGAGACAGGUCAGGGUAUACCAGCAUGGCAAUUGAAGAUCGAGGGGCGUCUAUUGGAGCCUCAAAAUCAGCGCUCGAAAGACAAAGCUCCCAUUCGUCAGUUCUCCACAUUCCUCAAGAGCAUGAUUGUGGAGCUCGACCGAGAUCCCGCUUUGUAUCCCGAUGGGAAUAUCGUGGAGUGGCAUCAUGGACCCGCGCAGCCAGUGUUGGAUGGUUUCACAAUACGGCGGACGGGUGAUAAGCCGACUAAAAUUCGGCUCGUUAUGUACCUUCAACAACAACCUCAACAGUACAAGGUGCACCCAGAUUUAGGGGCCAUUCUCGGUGUAAGAGAAGACAGUCGAACUGGCAUUGUUCAAGCGCUGUGGAAUUACAUCAAGAUCAACAAUCUUCAGGAUAAGACCCACAGGCAGCAGAUACAUCUAGACGCGGCUCUCAGACGUAUAUCCAACGUCGAAAGUGUUCCAUUCGCGGCACUACCUGAACUCGUCAAUAGAUACCUCAUGCCAGCGGAUCCCGUCGUUAUCCAUUACACUGUCAAUCCCAGUAUGCCGCCGCCAGAGAGAGCGACGGCCUGGGACGUAGAGGUGAGGAUGGAAGAUGUCGCAAUGAAAGCAAAGAUGACGGGUGUCAUGCUGGGAAUGACCCGCGAAGCAUCAAGAGAGAUACUGAAACUUGAUGACGAGAUCUCGGCGUUGACGCAGUCGAUGCAUUCCUCUGUGCUGAAGCGACAGUUCAUGCAAUCUUUCGCGGACGAUCCCGCAGUCUUCAUCAACACUUACCUUCAAUCUCAAUCCCGUGACUUGGAGUCGAUGCUGGGCAGCGGGCCAAGCGAAGGCGCGACGGUGCGCAGAGAGGAUCUGCAACGCAGUGAAUACUUCCGGAUGCCGUGGGUUGAAGAGGCGGUGGCGAUUUGGGAAGGUAUGAGGCUGGCGAGCAGGGUGAUACCAUAG